AAUCCAGUGUCGGUCGUAAUAAAAUCUGGUGAGCUUGGCCGACGAUACGGUGAAUUACAAAGGUUGAAAGCAUUAGUCAUCAGCAAAACGAAAGGUUGGAUUGGAGGCCUAUGCUCCAGUAGAUGUCGGGAGCACUGCAGAAGCAAGGUCCAUUCCAAUACUCGCGCAAACGUCAUAUAUAUUGAUGAAAGUACUGUUUCUUAUCAAGUGAGAUUCGAUGAGAGGUGUCGACAAUCCGAGGUCAAGGGGUGCUGA